AUGCCGGCGCUACGGCCACCCGAUCCCUCCGCGUGAAUGAACUCCUCCCGACCUGCCCCGCCCCGGGCGGGCGACCAGAACACAUCCGACACCAAAACUAGGCGCCCGCUUCGACGCACCAUAACGCACUCCACCCACCGCCACCUACUCGCUACACUCUCCAUGGCUGCCAGAUAACGGCUGGUGCUUAAACUACUCCGGCCGAGCUGGCCGUGCUAAUGCCGCUGCGGCUGCGUGCGGUGGCACAGCGCGGCCUGCCCCUGUCGCGAUGACACGCCGCCCGGCCUCCUCCGCGCCUUCGGCGGCCCGGCUCCUCCUCCUCCUCCUGCUUCUUCUGCUGCUGCACUGCCAGUGCCACCGCGCCGGCGCGGCGACGGACGCGGAGCGGCGGGCGCUGCUGGACUUCAAGGCGGCGGUGACGGCGGACCCGGGGGGCGUGCUGGCGUCGUGGACGCCCACGGGGGACCCCUGCGGCUUCGUCGGGGUCACCUGCGACGCGUCCACGGGCGCCGUGAAGCGGCUGCGCGUCCACGGCGCCGGGCUGGCCGGCGCGCUCUCGCCCUCCCUCGCGCGCCUCCCCGCGCUCGAGUCCGUCUCGCUCUUCGGCAACGCCCUCACGGGCGGCGUCCCGCCGAGCCUCCGCUUGCUGGCGCCCACGCUCCGCAAGCUCAACCUCAGCCGGAACGCGCUGGCCGGCGAGAUCCCGCCGUUCCUCGGCGCCUUCCCGUGGCUCCGCCUGCUCGACCUCUCCCACAACCGCUUCGCCGGCGGGAUCCCCGCCGCGCUCUUCGACCCCUGCCCCCGCCUCCGCUACGUCUCGCUCGCGCACAACCACCUCACCGGCCCCGUCCCGCCCGCCAUCGCCAACUGCUCGCGCCUCGCCGGCUUCGACUUCUCCUACAACCGCCUCUCCGGCGAGUUCCCGGACCGGGCCUGCGCGCCGCCGGAGAUGAGCUACAUCUCCGUCCGCGGCAACGCGCUCUCCGGGGACAUAGCCGCCAAGCUCGCCUCCUGCGGCAGCAUUGACCUCUUCGACGUCGGGAGCAACAGCUUCACCGGAGCUGCGCCCUUUGCGCUCCUUGCAUCGGUAAACAUCACCUACUUCAAUGUCUCCUCCAACGCCUUUGACGGUGAAAUCCCCAGCAUUGCGACUUGCGGCACCAGAUUCUCGUACCUGGACGCGUCCGGCAACCGCCUCACGGGGCCGGUGCCGGAGAGCGUGGUGAACUGCCGUGGCCUCAGGGUUCUGGAUUUGGGGGCGAAUGCUCUUGCUGGAGCUGUACCGCCUGUGAUUGGGACACUGCGGUCGCUCUCCGUUCUCCGGCUCGCGGGCAACCCUCGCAUUUCCGGUUCCAUUCCGGCUGAGCUUGGAGGGAUUGAGAUGCUCGUCACGCUCGACCUCGCGGGCCUUGCUCUCACAGGAGAGAUUCCAGGGUCACUCAGCCAGUGCCAGUUCCUGCUUGAACUGAAUCUGUCCGGCAACAAGCUGCAAGGAGUCAUCCCAGGCACACUCAACAACAUAACCUACCUCAAGAUGCUUGAUCUCCACGGGAACCAGCUCCAAGGGGGCAUUCCCGUCACGCUUGGGCAGCUCACAAACCUUGUUCUCCUAGACCUCUCGGAGAACCAGCUGACUGGGCCAAUCCCUCAAGAGCUUGGGAACCUCUCUAACCUGACACACUUCAACGUGUCCUUCAACAACCUAUCUGGCAUGAUCCCUUCCGAGCCAGCAUUGCAGAAAUUUGAUUUCACCGCAUACAUGGAUAACCCGUUACUAUGUGGCUCUCCACUGCCCAAUAACUGUGGGCCUGGGACUGGGAUGAAGCACCGGAAACGAUUGCGUGUGCCUGUCAUAAUCGCCAUUGUUGCUGCAGCCCUGAUACUUGUUGGAAUAUGCAUUGUUUGCGCGUUAAACAUCAAGGCUUACACACGUAAGGGCACAGACGGGGACGGGAAGGAAGAGGAAGAGGUUCUUGUGUCCGAGAGCACCCCUCCAGCUGCCUCUCCAGGCUCGAAUGCAAUCAUCGGGAAACUGGUGCUUUUCAGCAAGAGCUUGCCUUCAAGGUAUGAAGACUGGGAAACUGGGACCAAGGCGCUACUUGAUAAAGACUGUCUCAUCGGUGGUGGGUCGAUUGGUACGGUGUACAAGGCCACUUUUGAGAACGGCCUGUCCAUUGCUGUGAAGAAACUGGAGACAGCAGGGAGGGUGAGAGGCCAGGAUGAGUUCGAGCAUCAGAUGAGCCAGCUUGGUAACCUCAGCCACCCCAACCUGGUCGCUUUUCAGGGCUACUACUGGUCAUCCUCGAUGCAGUUGCUUCUGUCAGAAUUCAUGGCCAACGGGAGCUUGUACGACCACCUCCACGGCUACCGUCCUCCUCCUCGCGCUCUCUCUGAGAGCAGCAGCAGCAGCAGAGGUGGUGGAGGUGAACUGUUCUGGGAACGGAGGUUCAACAUUGCGCUCGGAGCAGCCCGUGCACUCGCUUACCUUCACCAUGAUUGCUGGCCACAGAUCCUGCACCUCAACAUCAAGUCCUCCAACAUCAUGUUAGAUGGGAGAUACGAAGCUAGACUGUCUGACUACGGGUUGGGGAAGCUGCUGCCGAUACUAGGAAGCAUUGAGCUGAGCAGAAUUCACACCGCGAUCGGGUACAUUGCGCCGGAGCUGGCAUCUCCGACACUGAGAUAUAGCGACAAGAGUGACGUGUUUAGCUUUGGGGUGGUUUUGCUUGAGAUCGUGACGGGGAGGAAACCUGUAGACAGCCCUGGGAUAGGAGCUACAGCUGUGGUUCUCCGUGACUACGUGAGAGGGAUAUUGGAGGACGGAACUGCGUCGGACUGCUUCGAUCGAAGCCUGAGGGGGUUUGUCGAAGCUGAGCUGGUUCAAGUGCUCAAACUGGGCCUGGUGUGCACUUCCAACACACCGUCAAGCCGACCUAGCAUGGCAGAAGUGGUACAGUUCUUGGAGUCCGUUAGGGUUAGCUCUUGACCUUCUGCUGUCGGAUCGGAACAUAGCAGCAGAAUUAGGAUGUUAACAUGGAAAGGAUUUUCUGAUUUUUUCAACAGAUGAAGGUCACAUUCUCUUUUUUUUUAAAUUUUUUUGGUUCUUUACUGUGGCGCAGCUUCAUUUGUAAAUUGUAUUUAGAUUUGUUACUGAAUAAGUCAUUGUUUUGGUCGAAUUACUACAUCCAUGUCUAUGAUUUUGUCCUUUCGGUCUUCGGUCUAUGUAAGGCUCUUUCUAUGUUGUCCGAAGACCAUUUUGCUUCAUGGUGUGGGCUUAAAGAUGAGUUGGUACAGUCUAAUUGUAUAUCUAGUUUGCAGGCAUAGCAAAGGACCAGGAGUUUCAGUUUCCCCGGGCGCCAUCAGAGAAGAGCUUGGAGGUGGCCAGCGACGAGGACCAGCUGAACAAGGACAGUCAGUCCAUGGAAGCCCAUUGAGACCGAGGUGUGCGUACAAGCUCUGUCCGUUGAGGAAAAGUAUCACAUCGCUGCAGCAUAUUCAGACAAAAAUUCAUACCACAUCGCUACGGGAACGGGGGUCCAUUGCAUCUGCAGUCCGCUGAGACAACAGGCAAGCCACGGAUGCUUCUUCUCAUUGGCAGGCGCAGGUUGUUUUUUAGUAUUGUAUUAUUGCCAUUGUAUGAUGCUGACACCACAACCGCUCCCGCUAAACGCUAAUGACAGUGGGUUUUCCCAGCUCUUGCUCUGUCUGAUGUUUCAGGGGCUCAUGAAGGAGCUCUUCACCAUCGCGUGUUCUUUAGCUGCACGGCUCCGGCCUCCGGGGCUGCUGCACAUGGACGUGCCAAACGGUGCAGAAUGCACGUGAGGCCAUAAUGGAGAGAGGAAGCAUGGCAAGGUAGAAAGCCUAGCCGUCGGGCGUCGGGUGACUGGUGUUGUACCGUCGUCUCGUGAAAAUAUUGGUCCUUUUUUUUUUAAAUGGAACGGUAUGCAGGAGAGGAGACGCACUGCAACUUUCUUUGUACAGCAGAUUCGAAAGAAAUGUCCUGCUGCUGGUCCAUAUUAUCAUUCAUUCAUGUGGUAUGGAAGCACUUGGUAUUGAACGUGUGAA